AUGCAGCGAGCCGGCGUAGCGCCAGGCCUGGGCGCCCCGUUGGUGCGAGGCCCGGGGCUCCAGAGAUGCCAAGCUCAAGCUGCGUGUGCUUCCGUGCUACCGUCGAGAACAGGACCUUCGCCCGUCUUGGGGGUCGCGACGCUCACGAUGACCCUCGCUGGAUUGGCAUCGAGGAGCUUCGGCGACAGGCGCAGGUGUCGUGGUGUCGCAGCGUGCUCCCAGGAGGAUGACAAACAUUUGGAACCUGAUCCGAAGACCAUUGAGACGAUGAUGAAGUUUUCAAACCAAUAUGCGAAGGUCACCAAGACGAAGUACUGUGAAGAUAAGUCGGUGCCAGCAGUGGUAAUUGUUGGCCUGGCACUUCACAAGGAGACUCUGGGUGCGCCGUUGUGCCCCUGCCGGCACUAUGAAAACAAGGAGCUCGAGGUGAAGAAUGGCUAUUGGAACUGUCCAUGUGUCCCAAUGCGUGAGCGUCACGAAUGCCAUUGCAUGCUCUUCUUGAAAGACGACAAUCCCUUCGCGUCGCUGGGUACCGGUAGUGUUCCGAAGGUGAAGGUCUUCGCCUGGUCCUUCGUUGUGAAACGUCGACAGGAUCGGCAUGUCAUCGAUCGGCCAACUGCUUGGUGCUUGGUCAAUCAUCAGGCGCAGAUCGAGGAGGAUGCACUGACCAUCAGUGUGGAGAUCUUGGAGGUCACGGUCACCGAGGAGCUGGAGGGUUUAAGGUUGAUCAAUCAAGGGAUUUAUCAACCACUGAGCCUCGAGGCCUCGGUGCUGAGGAACCGGGACUUGGAUUCGGUGGAAUGGACGAUCCACAACAUCCUGCAGAAGAUGCGAGAUGUGCCGCGCGGACAGUACGUGUGCAGCCCCUCCUUCUCCGUGGCCGCCGUGCGGAACAUGCACAUGGAGUUCUAUCCCAACGGCCUGGAAGGAAGCAAGAGUGGCUACUGUGGCCUCUAUGUGAGGAGCCCGGGCGGCAAGUACAGCUUGAACUUGACGCUCAGCGUGGGCUCGGCCACCCGCGGCCCGAGUCGAACCGAGCUGGAUGGGAACUCGGCCAAAGGCCUGCCGGAGUUCUGUAAAAUCGAAGAACAACUGGAGGACAAGCAGGAGCUGGUGAUCAGCAUCAAGGUGCAGAACCCCCUGCUGGAGCGGGAACUUGAAGAAAGAAGCCUCAAGUUGUAA